AUGCAGCUGAAGCAUCUAAAGACGCUUUUAACACCUCAGGAGGCUUCAGCCAAAGUAACAUGCAUGGCCUGGGCUCCGAAUAACGGUAAACUUGCUGUUUGCACCGUGGACCGAGUGGUGCUGCUCUAUGACGACCAGGGUGAAAGAAGAGACAAGUUCUCCACUAAGCCCAUCGAUUCUAAGUAUGGAAAGCAGAGCUACGUAGUCAAUGACAUGGCCUUCUCGCCUGACUCCACCCGGAUCGCCAUUGGUCAGUCGGACAACAUCAUUUACGUGUACCGGAUCGGCGAGGACUGGGGGGACAAGAAAACUAUUUGCAACAAAUUUAUUCAGACAAGUUCUGUGAUGUGUCUCCUGUGGCCUGCAGAGCACGCUAUUGUUUAUGGUUUAUUGGAAGGGAAAGUUCGCCUUGCUAACGUUCAGACAAACAAGUCGUCGACCAUGUACUUCACAGACUCCAGUGUUGUGUCAUUGGCAACCAAUGUUUCUGGGAAUGGCGUCCUUUGCGGUCAUGCCAACGGGAAUGUAGUUCGCUACUUCUUUGACAACGAAGGCACGGUCGAAUCUCAGGGCACGCUUUUGACACAUGUGUGCCCACCCUACGCACUGGCCUGGGGUGCCAACAGCGUGGUGGUAGGGGGCUGCGACAAGAAGAUAGUGGCCUACAACCGUGAGGGUCACAUAUUGCAGACUUUUGACUAUAGCCGCGAUCCCAGCGAGAGGGAGUUCACUGUCGCCGCCAGCAGCCCCAGCGGUCAGUCGGUGGUACUUGGCAGCUUUGACAGGUUGCGAGUAUUCAAUUGGGCCCCUCGGAGGGGCGUGUGGGAUGAGGCAAAAUCCAAAGAGAUCACCAAUCUUUACACCAUCACUAGCUUGGCCUGGAAGAGAGACGGAUCUCGGCUUUGUGCUGGGACACUAUGCGGCGGUGUGGAGCUUUUUGAUUGCUGCCUCAGGAGGAGCAUUUACAAGAACAAAUUUGAAGUUACAUACGUGGGCUUGAGCCAGGUCAUUGUGAGGAACCUCUCAACCAGCGCGCGGGUGGUCCUCAAGUCAUACUACGGCUACGAAAUAGAGGAAGUGAAGAUCUUGGGCAAGGACCGCUACCUGGUGGCCCACACCUCCGACACCCUCCUGUUGGGUGACAUGCUGGCCAACAAGCUCAGCGAGGUCCCUUGGCCUGGCGGUGGAGGAAAUGAGAAGUUCUUUUUUGAACAUGAGUCUGUGUGCAUGAUUUUUAAUGCCGGAGAGUUGAGUCUGGUGGAGUACAGCGACAACCAAGUGCUUGGCUCUGUACGAACAGAGUUCAUGAACCCUCACCUUAUCAGUGUGCGCAUCAAUGAGAGGAAGCACAAAGGAGUCCAAGACAACAAAAAACUUGCAUACCUCAUCGAUCUAAAGACCAUUGCCGUUAUGGAUUUAGUGGGAGGCUCCACCCUGGGAACCAUCAGUCACGAUUCCAAGGUGGACUGGCUGGAGCUGAACGAAACCGGCUGCAAGCUGCUGUUCCGUGACAAAAAGCUGCGGCUUCAUCUGUACGAUAUCGACAGCGGCGUAAAAAGCACGUUGCUCAGCUUCUGCUCGUACGUUCAGUGGGUUCCCGGCAGCGACGUGGUGGUGGCCCAGAACCGCGGAAACUUGUGCAUUUGGUACAGCAUCGACAGUCCUGAGAGUAUCACCAUGUUUCCCAUUAAGGGCGAUAUCAAAGAUCUGGAAAGAGCAGCUGGUAAGACGGACGUGCUGGUGACCGAAGGCGUCAACACUGUGACGUACACGUUGGACGAGAGCCUCAUCGAGUUCGGCACGGCGGUCAAUGACGGCGACUAUGGAGCUGUCACAGCCUUCCUGGAGACUCUGGAGAUGUCCCCAGAGACCGAAGCCAUGUGGAAGACUCUCCGUAAUCUGGCUCUCGAGGCCCGUCAAGUGCACAUAGCAGAAAGGUGUUUUGCCGCUUUAGGCGACGUGUCCACGCUUCGUUACCUCCAUCAAACAAACCAGAUAGCUGAGAAGGUUUCAAAGGAAAUGGGAGGGGAUGGAAUGGCGUUUUACCAAGUUCAGGUGCGCAUGGCCAUGCUGGACAAGAACAUCGAGUUAGCUGAGAUGCACUACAUAGAGCAGAAUGCCAUUGAUGAAGCCAUACAGAUGUACCAGGAGCUUCACAUGUGGGACAAAUGUAUCGCAGUGGCUGAGGCUAAGGGUCACCCGGAGCUGGAAACGUUACGUGGGAAUUACUACCAGUGGCUGACUGACACAGGCCAGCACGAGAAGGCUGGCGAGGUCAAAGAAGGCGAGGGGGACUACCAAGGAGCGAUCAACUUGUACUUGAAGGCGGGGCUUCCCGCUAAAGCCGCCCGCCUGGCUAUGAGCAGGCAGAACAUCACGAAUAACGGCGACACCGUCAGCCGAAUAACGUCAAGCCUAGUCAAAGCUGAGUACUACGAGCAGGCUGGCGAUUUGUACAACAAGACACGCAACCACCAAAGAGCUUUGGAGAGCUAUUGCAAAGGAGCCGCUUUUAGUAAAGCCGUGGAGCUGGCUCGCCAGUCCUUUCCUGCCGAGGUGGUGAAACUAGAAGAGGCCUGGGGGGACUACCUUGUCCAACAGAAACAGAUGGACGCCGCCAUCACACACUUCAUCGAAGCCGGUUGCUCCAUCAAGGCAGUAGAGGCAGCCAUUGCAGCUCGCCAGUGGAAGAAGGCCGUCCACAUCCUGGAGCUCAACGACGACCCGGCGACUGCGGUCCACUGCCUUAAAAUCGCUCAACACUACGCCUCCGUACAGGAAAUGGAGGUGGCAGAGCACCUGUUUGUCAAGGCGGGCCACAUCAAGGAUGCCAUUGACAUGUACACGACAGCAGGAUGCUGGGAGAAGGCUCACAAGUUGGCACUUAAGUGCAUGAGUAAAGAGGAAGUCACUGAGCUUUAUGUGCGGCGAGCGCAGGAAAUGGAGCGAGAUGGCAAAUUUAAGGAGGCUGAGAGGUUAUUUUCUACAGUGAACCAAACAGACUUAGCCAUCGCCAUGUACAAGAAAAAGCAGAUGUUCGACGACGUGGUCCGCCUAGUGGCCAAACAUCACCCUGACCUGUUGACGAAUACACACCAACACCUGGCUAAAGAGCUGGAAGCUGAAGCCAAGUUUUCAGAAGCGGAACAUCAUCUAAUGGAGGCCAAAGACUGGAAAGCCGCUGUCAACAUGUAUCGAAUUCGUGACAUGUGGGAGGAUGCGUAUCGGAUCGCUAAAAAUUAUGGCGGUCCCAACGCUCAGAAGCAAGUGGGCUACCUGUGGGCCAGGAGUCUGGGCGGCGAGGCGGCGGUCAAGCUUCUCACAAAGUUUGGCCUGCUGGAAUACGGCAUUGAGUCAGCAUCAAAUAGCUUUUUAUUCGACUUUGCCUUCGAACUGGCUCGCCUUUCCAGCAAGGAUAAAAUACCUGAAAUCCACCUGAAACACGCCAUGUACUUGGAAGAUGAGGGCAAGUUUGCAGAAGCAGAGGUAGAGUUUAUUAAAGCGGGGAAGCCUAAAGAAGCUGUGCUCAUGUACGUUCACCACAAAGACUGGGGCAGUGCACAGCGAGUGGCUGAAAGCCACGAUCCAGACAGCGUUUCGGAGGUUUUAGUGGGACACGCUAAGUUCUGCUUUGAACAGAAAGACUUCCAGAAAGCUGAAGCACUCCUGCUCCGAGCAGAGAGAUCUGACCUUGCUGUCAAAUUCUACAAGGAUGCGGACAUGUGGAGCGACGCCAUGCGCAUUUGCAAGGAGUACCUGCCCAAUAAGCUCUCAUUUCUUCAGGAGGAGUAUGAGAGGGAGGCCACUAAAAAGGGAAUGAGGGGCAUUCAGGGUCUGGUGGAACAGGCUCGGGAAUGGGAGCAGUCGGGCGAGUAUUCCCGGGCAGUGGAGUGUUACCUAAAGAUAAAGGACGAUCCCAACACAGCCCUCAUGGAAAAGUACUGGAUCAAGGCCGCUGACCUUUCAAUUAAGUUCCUGGGUGAGGAGCGAGCCGUGAAGGUGAUUCAGGUGGUGGGACCUCGUUUGGCCCAGCUCCGGAAGUACAACACUGCCGCUGAGCAGUACAUACACGUGGGCCUGAUCAAGGACGCCAUAAACGUUCUCAUGGAGGGGGAUGAGUGGAACAAAGCCAAGAGGGUGGCUAAGGAACUGGAGCCAAGGUACGAGAGCUAUGUGGACCAGAAGUACAAGGAACACUUAAAGAACCAGGGCAAAGUAGAGUCGCUGGUGGGCGUGGACGUCAUGGCUGCUUUGGACAUGUACGCCGAAAGAGGCCAGUGGGACAAAUGUCUCGAUACGGCGUCCAAGCAGAACUUUAAGAUCCUCCAUAAGUACGUAGCCUUGUACGCCACGCAUCUCAUUAAAGAGGGAUGCCCUCUGAAGGCGCUGCAGCUGUACGUGCAGCAUGGAGCGCCACCCAACACGCAGAACUUUAACAUCUACAAGCGGCUAUUCCUCGACAUGCUCCAACUUCCCGAGGCUCCGAAUUCCUACCGCACGUGGGCCGAUAUCCGGAAUGUUCUACUACAGCUGUGUGAGAAUUUGUCGAAAUCGGCAGGCGAAAACACUCCAGCUCAUGGAGAAUUUGAGCAGAUGCUGCUUAUUUCGCACUAUUACUCCACCAGAGCUGCUGUAGGUGGGCUAGAAGAACUGACUAGCAUCUCAGCCAAGCUGUCCGUGUCUCUCCUGCGCCACACAGACCUCAUCCCUGCAGACAGAGCCUUCUACGACGCCGGUUUAGCCUGCAGGGCAGCCGGUUGGGAAAACAUGGCCUUCAUCUUUCUCAACCACUUUCUGGACGUGUGCGAUGCCAUCGCUGACGGAACACUGGACUCUUUGGAUCACUCAGACUUUGCCGACACCGACAUCCCCUAUGAAGUUCCUCUGCCCACCAAACCUUGCGUUUCCGACUCCCAGCGAGAAGAGAUCCGCAACUGGGUCCUUACCGUAGCCGUGUACGGUCGCCUGGAGCAAGUUCUGCCACGUGACGAGAGGAAAACGUACGAAGCGUCGCUAGUGGACGCUAACAGCGGUCUUCGCUCGCUGCCGUGUAUUCUCACGGGUUAUCCCGUUCUAAAAAACAAGAUGGAAUUUUCGUCGUCGGGAAAAGUGGCCAAUAAAGAAGACUGGAACAAAUUCCUGAUGGCCACCAAAACAAGUCACAGUCCAGAGUGUCAGGACGUCCUAAAGUUCAUCAGCCAGUGGUGUGGCGGCCUCCCCGCUUCCGGAUUCUCCUUCCAAUGA